CAUUUAGCAAGUUUAACAAAGUUUUGCUUUAAUAGCUGGCAACAUUUUUAAGUAAGUUUCCGAACGCAAUGGUCGACGCACGCAUGAGAAUUCGAAGAAGCUAAGAAAGUUUGUGAAUUCGUGAUAUUUGUUUUACUUAAAUAUAUUUUAUUGCAACAACUAUUAAACAAAAGACAAGUGCAAGUUUAACUUAAAUUUGUAUUGUGAUUAAACGUUCGUUUUUAAUAAACAUUGCUGUGAAGUUCUCAAGUUAUAAUUUUGUGUCAACAAGUUUACAUCCUCACUUGAAAGUUUUUAAAACAAGGCCGUGAUAAUCAGAUUUUCUUAAAACCCGUGCGAAGAUACGUUAAAGGGAAACGGUUAUGACGGUACCAGAUGGUUCUAACAAUGGCGACAGAAACACAAUCCCACAACUUGAAUAGCUAGAAAACAUAAUAAAAACACGACGUCAAUUAACUCAGCUAUGUGAAAAAUAAUGUGAUAUAACGCCAUCUAGCGGAUUCUUGAUGAACUAAGUAGUGAAAGUGGUUGGGUUUUUAAACAAGCAAGAUGAAGUUGAAUUUGUUUAAACGGUCUAUGAUAUUCGCGACGUUUUUUGGGUCGUGUUUGUGUAUAGCGCUGAUCGUGGCGUCUUUGGGUACUACGCAUUGGAUAGAUGCGCGUGCGCGGCGUACCUCGAACCCCUUGGAGUCGGAGGGAAGAAUCAGUUUUGGACUCUUCGAGGGCAGAAAAGAAUUGAAUCCAGGAUAUGGAUUGAGAGUCAGAGAUUUUAGUGUAAAGGCCGGCACCCACCCAUCCCGGCGAUGGGCGUGGUGCGGUACAGCAGCGCUAUUGGCCGCGUCGCUACUGUCUGCGGGCGGCGCGUGUGUACUCGCAGCGUUGGGAUCAGCCGCGAGAGCGCGCUGUCCGCCGCGACCGUUACUUGUCAGCAACUCUUUAGCAGUGCUAUUCAGCCUUGGAGCGAUAGCAGUAUGGCUGACGGAGUACUUCUUAAGGUUACAACAUAACGUCAUGUCAGAUGAGGACCUCGCUAAUACCUGGACUUCAGACGAAACCGCUGACCUUGGACUUUCCUUCUGGCUAGUGGUAGCAGCAAGUAUUGCGGCAUUCGUCAACAACAUUUGCAUCCUCAUAGCGAUGGCCGACGGCCGCGACAUCGACACGAUAGCACCUGCCUUAGAAGAGAAAGUCAAUGGAGCUAUUAUGUUGUACUAAGAUAUAUUAAACCCCUGUCGAACCUAGAUAAUACUUUAGACUGGCAAUUAAAAAAAAGUAUGUAAUGGGUUGCUCGACAGAAUUAAUGACUUUAACUAAUCUAAGUUGAAAAUUGAACCCGCACAAAGUGAUGCCUAGCAAAGGGGAAGCAGAGAACUCCCCCCCUCUCAUAAUCUCAGCUCAGCAGUGAGACAACAUUGACUUAUAAUAAUAAAAAUAAUGUUGGACUACCGAUUUGACAUAGUAGAAACAACUUCUGGGUGUUGUUGCCCGGAAGUUGCUGUUACUAUCUCUAUCUCGAGCCCAGCUAAAACAUCCCACUGCUGCGCCAAGGCCUUACUCUUAGAGAAGAACUUAGUAAGGAUAUUCAUGUUCAUGUAAAAGAAGCCAGUUUAUUGUGUUAUAAUAAUAGCCAUUAAUUGGUUCAGUCGGUAAGUAGUAGUAGUACUUAAUUUUGACAGCUCUGUCGGUAAAGGAAUAUUUAAAUAAGCGCCAUCUAUUGAUUAACAUAAAUGACAGUAUUUUUGACACAUAAUACGAAUCUCAAUGUAAAACCCCACUUCGUUUCACCUCACUAAUGUUUUAAAGAUUUUAACUGAGUAUAAGACGCCUAUAGGGUCUAUGUUUGUUGCCUUUGACACUUUUUGAACAGAAUUAGGUCUAGCCACAAUACAAAGGUUUAAUAUAUUAACAUAACUUUAAGAUGUUAAGGCUGAAUGUUAGUACAUAAGCUUGUUAUUAAUAGUUGUGAAUUAAUCCGUCCAAUUAGGAUAACGUUGUACAUUCUAUAUUCUAUACUUGUAGUACCAACUGCGUGUCAUUGGUAACAGGAAUCUCAACCUUAUUGUAUCAGUUUAUAAGUGUCUUUCUACAAGUGGUAUCUCUUUUUUACACGAUAAGUAAUAAGGAAUGUAUUGUGUCGCGUAAGAGUGUAAUCCUUGUGUCGCGGAGGGUUUACAAACAUUCAAGUCACAUGGCACAGGGACAAAGACACCCAGACUCAGAAAAAUCAUUAAUUUGUGGAUCUCACAAAUGCUUGUCCUACGCGGGGCUUGACACUGCUAGUCUUCGCGCAUAGUGGGUUAAGCGAUCCGCGUUAUACUCACGUUGACUGAAAUAAAGCUUUUCAAAUAUUAGAAAAACAUUUUUUUUAUAAAUUUUUAGUUAUCGCUCGUAGGAGUAUCACUUCUACUAUUGAGACAUUAGCUGUUUGUUUAAGGGGAGAUGACAGUGUUGCCGAUGAUACGCAAACGACUUUAUGUAGUUUAAUUAGUAUUAUACAAAAGGGUAUUUAAUCACAAAAUCUAACUAGUCCGUCGGAUAUAUACCCAAAAAAUACGAAAACAUUUUUUAUAAUAACUUUCAUGAGGCGGAUUCUUAAUUAUUUAUUUAGCAAGGGAACCCUUACUAAAGAGUUUUAUCAGGUUAGACGUGGGUAGCAAGUCGGAGCUGUUCGACGCGCUUCCCCGCCGCCACAGGGACAUGAAAGACUCCGGUUAGGUCCAAAAUUAGUUGAGCUACACCAAUAAAUAUGCGUGAAUAAAC